CAUAAUCUCCUGGUCCAGCCAAGGCAGGGCAAGUGUAGUAUGGUCCUAAUGCCAGUUGAGGUCAAGUUUUCCUUUCUCCAUCUACUUCUCCUUUGUCUCCUGGGGGGAGGGAUAUAUAACCUGAUGGAGGACCCAUCGGGGUGUUGUAAAGGACAACAUUUCUUCUGUUGUGGCCUGGGCUGGCGAAGGGAAGUGGAAGAGGAGUCCCACUGCAAUGAGCAAAUGAACAAACAGGAUGCUCCAGACUUUGUAUGAUUACUUCUGGUGGGAACGGCUGUGGCUGCCUGUGAACUUAACCUGGGCUGAUCUAGAAGACCGAGAUGGACGUGUCUAUGCCAAAGCCUCAGACCUCUAUAUUACAUUACCCCUGGCCUUGCUGUUCCUCAUCAUUCGUUACUUCUUUGAGCUUUAUGUGGCUACACCACUGGCUGCCCUCCUGAACGUAAAGGAGAAAACUCGGCUGCGGGCACCUCCCAAUGCCAUCUUGGAGCAUUUCUACCUGACCAGUGGCAAGCAGCCCAAGCAGGCAGAAGUAGAGCUUUUGUCCCGGCAAAGUGGGCUUUCUGGCCGCCAGGUAGAACGCUGGUUCCGCCGCCGCCGAAACCAAGACCGCCCCAGUCUUCUCAAGAAGUUUCGAGAAGCCAGCUGGAGAUUCACAUUUUACCUGAUUGCUUUCAUUGCUGGGAUGGCUGUCAUUGUGGAUAAACCCUGGUUCUAUGACAUGAGGAAAGUUUGGGAGGGAUAUCCCAUACAGAGCAUGAUCCCUUCCCAGUAUUGGUACUACAUGAUUGAACUUUCCUUCUACUGGUCCCUGCUCUUCAGCAUUGCCUCUGAUGUCAAGCGAAAGGAUUUCAAGGAGCAGAUCAUCCAUCACGUGGCCACCAUCAUCCUCAUCAGCUUCUCUUGGUUUGCCAAUUACAUCCGAGCAGGGACUCUCAUCAUGGCUCUGCAUGAUUCUUCUGACUACUUGCUGGAGUCAGCCAAGAUGUUUAACUACGCUGGAUGGAAAAACACCUGCAACAACAUCUUCAUUAUCUUCGCCAUUGUGUUCAUCAUCACUCGACUGGUCAUCCUGCCCUUCUGGAUCCUGCAUUGUACCCUGGUGUACCCACUGGAGCUCUAUCCUGCCUUCUUCGGCUACUACUUCUUCAAUGUCAUGAUGGGAGUGCUACAGACGCUACAUAUCUUCUGGGCCUACCUCAUUUUGCGCAUGGCCCACAAGUUCAUAACUGGAAAGCUGGUAGAAGAUGAACGCAGUGACCGGGAUGAAACAGAGAGCUCAGAGGGGGAGGAGGCUGCAGCUGGGGGAGGGGCUAAGAGCCGGCCCCUAGCCAACGGCCACCCCAUCCUCAAUAACAACCAUCGUAAGAAUGACUGAACCAUGGUUCCAGCUGUCUCCCACAUUAAUUCAUAAAGCCAAGGAACUAGUCAACUUCCCCUGUACGGUCACUUUAAGCUCUGGGGAGAAAGGAGAACGGGAGAGGAGACUUCUGGUCUUCCCUCCUUACUUCUUUGUCAUCCAGUUGCCUUUAAACCAAAUUCUAACCAGCCUAUUCCCAGGUACAGAGGAGGUUGGUUACAUUCUGUUAGAGAGGGGAUGGUCUUAUUUUCCUCUCUAUACCCCAAAUUAUCCUAUUAAUUUUGAGACCCUUCCUCAGCUCGGGUAAAGAUUAUAAUUCACAUUCCUUAUUCUUGAGAAUUUGGCCCUAGCUGUUUGCCUUUGACUCCCUGACCUUGAGCCAGGGUUGUGCCUUAUCAUCCUAUCUAAGGGCCUCAUUCUGCCAAAGUUGGACCAAUGCUCCAAAGCUGAGCUGAUUUUAACUUUUUUCUCCUAAGACACAAAUGAAUUGCGUGUAGGAGGGGACAUAUGUGACCCAUACCCUACCUCUGCCAAAAGAUAGGGACUAUAUUGAGAACUGCUCAGAUGGCCUUUGUGUUACUUUUCUGCUCACUGUCCCUAUAACCACAGGUCCAAGAUCUCUCUCUGGCCUCUUCCCCUUUCUCGUCUUCAGCUAGACUAGCUGGUUUGGAAUAGUUGACUAGAUGGCAACUAGUUCUAAUUUUUAUUUAUUAAACAUUUGGGGUUUUGGUUUUAAAGCCAGAAUUACAGCUAGCACCUGGCAUUUCAGCAGAGGGACCAUUUCAGACCAAAAUGUACUGUUAAUGGUUUUUUUUCUUUUUUUUAAUUAAAAUAUAUUAAAGGUUAAAUAAAACAUGGCAACAAGUGUCAGACUAUUAGGAACUAAGAAAGGGGAU